GGCGCGGGCCCCUGCGUAAGGCGGGCGCCGCGACAGGCCGGCCGGUGAGGCGCUGCCGCGGGAGGCCGCGACGGAGCUCCCGGACCCAUCAUGGGCUGAGACGCGUCCUCUGCGAGCAGAACAUGCCCGGGUGACUCCCUCCCAGAUCUUCCUGGCGGCCUUCCUUGCCCUCCCCAGUGACACUAUGCAACCCCAGCGUGACCUGCCAGGCCUCUGGCUCCUGCUGCUGUCCUUGUUCCUGCUCCUCUUUGAGGUGGCCAGAACUGGCCGUCCAUUGGUUAGCUGUCCCACCGCCUGCCUGUGUGCCAGCAACAUCCUCAGCUGCUCCAAGCAGCAGCUGCCCAACGUGCCCCACUCCCUGCCCAGCUACACUGCCCUGCUAGACCUCAGCCACAACAACCUGAGCCGCCUGCGGGCCGAGUGGACCCCCACGCGCCUGACCCACCUGCACUCCCUGCUGCUGAGCCACAACCACCUGAACUUCAUCUCCUCCGAGGCCUUUACCCCAGUCCCCAACCUGCGCUACCUGGACCUCUCCUCCAACCAGCUGCGUACUCUGGACGAGUUCCUGUUCAGUGAACUGCAGGCGCUGGAGGUGCUGCUGCUCUACAACAACCACAUCGUGGCCGUGGACCGCUGCGCCUUCGAAGACAUGGCCCAGCUGCAGAAACUCUACCUGAGCCAGAACCAGAUCUCCCGCUUCCCCCUGGAGCUGGUCAAGGAAGGCACCAAGCCACCCAAGCUCACACUCCUGGAUCUCUCCUCCAACAAGCUCAACCUCCUGCCAUUGCCUGACCUGCAGAAGCUGCCCGCGUGGAUCAAGAACGGGCUGUACCUGCACAACAACCCCCUGAACUGCGACUGUGAGCUCUACCAGCUCUUUUCACACUGGCAGUACCGGCAGCUGAGCUCCGUGAUGGACUUUCAGGAGGAUCUGUACUGCAUGAAGUCCAAGAAGCUGCACAACGUCUUCAACCUGAGCUUCCUCAAUUGCAGCGAGUACAAGGAGCGCGCCUGGGAGGCCCACCUGGGCGAGACCUUGACCAUCAGGUGUGACACCAAGCAGCAGGGGAUGACCAAAGUGUGGGUGACAUCAAGCAAUGAGCGGGUGCCCGAGGAGGUGGCCAACAGCACGGUGACGGUGUCCAAGGAUGGCAGUCUUCAUUUCCGGCAGGUGCAGGUCGAGGAUGGGGGUGUGUAUACCUGCUACGCCAUGGGAGAGGCUUUCAAUGAGACACUGUCUGUGGAGUUGAAAGUACACAAUUACACCUUGCACGGACACCAUGACACCCUCAACACUGCCUAUACCACCCUAGUGGGCUGUAUCCUCAGCGUGGUCCUGGUCCUCAUAUACCUGUACCUCACCCCUUGUCGCUGCUGGUGCCGGGGUGUCGAGAAGCCUUCCAGCCACCAAGGAGACAGCCUCAGCUCUUCCAUGCUUAGCACCACACCCAACCAUGAUCCCAUGGCUGGCGGGGACAAGGAUGAUGGUUUUGACCGGCGAGUGGCCUUCCUGGAACCUGCCGGUCCCGGCCAGGGUCAAAACGGCAAGCUCAAGCCAGGCAACACCCUGCCAGUGCCCGAGGCGACGGGCAAGGGCCAGCGGAGGAUGUCAGAUCCAGAGUCGGUCAGCUCGGUCUUCUCUGAUACGCCCAUUGUGGUGUGAGCAGGAUGGGUUGGUGGGGAGAUUCUGCCCCAGGAGAGGUAAUGCACCCCUGAAGGAUAUGAGGGGAUGGAAGAGAGGGCUGGCUGCCCAAGGGAGUGGGUCCCCCCUGGCCUCAAGGGAAUUGGUCAAGGGUGCAACCGCAGGCAAGACCCCAGCCAGGGUGUGCUGCCAUGAUUUUCAAAUACGGAUUUAUUAGUCAUCAGGCAAAUGCUACACCCCUACCCAAAGCCCUGGCAAUUCUGAAUGUGGAGGAAGAGGAGAGUGUCUGCGGAGUUGGGUGGGAAUGAGGAAGGGGUGGGAGAAAGAGCAGAUUUCCUAAACUUUUUCAAGGUCAUCCCUAGCUCCUUGUGAGGAAAUCAUUUGGGGAAAAAAUAAUUUUUUUUUUUUCUAUCUCUGCCCACCCACACCUGUGAGGUUGUGUGUGUUGGGGCGUUUCCGCAGGAGCCAGCAGGGGAGACGCUGUAGUAUCUCUGUGACCAGGAGGUCACAUCUCACAGCUGGGGAUAUUGGAAACCUUUGAAAAAGUGAGUCAGGAAAAGGUUGAGACUCAAUCAGUAGCGUGCCCCGAGUUGUGAGGCUUCCCACUAAUGCCUUCCUCUUUCCCACGAAGCCCCGGGUGGAUGGCUUUUGGCAGGACUGUGGCCCGUUGGCUCAUACAGCAACAACGUGAGAUGUGGUUUCUGUGCCUGUCCUGGGGCCAGUGGCACCAAGGGGUAUAGUAUGGAGUGAGUGGGGUGGGCUGUCACAGCACAGUGCCAACAUGGGCCGUGUGGAUGGGGACGAACCCCCAGCGAGGUGAAUUGCCUGGUGGGUGAAACCCUGGCCUAGUAUUUGAUUCCCAGCAGGCGGGGGUCCUGAAGGCAGAGGGCUUGUGGAUGCCUGCCACGGAAGUGGCUUGAGGCCCCUUCACCCCGAGGAGGUCAGCUCAGCCUCCAUUAAGCAGCAGCACGCUGGACAUACCUGAUGUGUGUGUGCCAUCUCCAUUCGGCUCCGUAUCAAGUGCAGGUGGGGCUCUGUUUCCCUGAUGUGCUGCUCAGCAAAGGGGGGCGUCCUGGAACAGAUGGCCCCGUUGGGUUAGAUGGAACUCGGGGUGGAUGGAAGGGACCGGGUGUGUGGCUCCUCAGUGCAGCUCCUCUCAGAGAUCUCAUCCCUUUGGCUAAGCCAAAGUGUGGGAUUUCAUGGCCCAAGGGGUUGAGAUUGGGUGGUCUCUGCCCCAGAAUGGCGAUUUGGAGUGUGAGGUCAGAGUCCUGCCCCCUCCACAGAGUUGCAAGCAGUCCUGUCACAGACACAGCCAGUGACACUUCACUUUCAGAGGGAAAAGUCCUGCCACUCCCACUCCUGUCAGAGCUCUGUGCAGUUCUGGUCGCCAGGCCAGGGGAGCUUGGAAGAGCAGCCUCAAGGCUCCAUUCCUAGACUGCAGAAUAUUUUAGGUAUGAAGGUGACAGCUCCUUUAACUGCUCCCCCUGACUCUGCUGCAGGCCCUGGGAGGUGGUUGCUCUGAGCUUUGGCAAGGGGAUGAGCAAGGCAAAGGUGAAUACAUUCUCGGACGUUGCCCUUUUUCGGUCUCUCCCCCUCCCACCAAUUCCCUGUCCAUUGGAAGUUCUCCAGAUCUUAUUUUCUGACCAGCCUUUAGGUUCCAAGAGUUUUUCUUUUCCUGCUGGUGAGGGCUGCUCACUGGGGGCCUGACUGCCGCUGUCAGUUAAGGUCCGGGAAGGGGACUGGAACUCAACAUCUUCCCCUUGUAUGUUCCUGGGAUCUCAAGACUGCUGUCACCCAGUUUUGUUGAGAGGUGCAGCUUUUCCCUCAAGUACUUGCAUGCUCGUAGGUACGCAUGCUCACCAGUACCUUGACUUCCAUCAGGACAGUGAUUCCGUAGUCCCACUAAUGUCCACUUUCAGGAUGGUCUCCAUCUAUGUGCACAACUCAUGUGCAUGAUCUUCUUGCCCUAGGAGAGACAGUGACCACGCCAGGCUCCCCAAAUGCAAACUCUCGUACUUUUAGUUUAACUCCCUGAAGUUUCACUCACAUCUCGUGACACUGCAUAGCUGCUCUGCAGAGGCUGGAGUUGGGAGAACCACAGGCUGAGGAACGUGGGUGAAAGGGCGAUGAGGAAUGUGGGGGUUAAAGACAGUGUGCAGGGUCAAUAAAGGGAGAACUGGGCCAGUGAAGGGCCCAGAAGGAAACUGACUGGCAGGGUCCUAGGUGUGAGUUCUUUCUAUAGGAACUGCCCAGGCAGGAUAAGGGCAGGGGGAAAAGUUGCCUGGUUAUACCCCAGAGACUUGUGAGGAUUUUGUUACUGAAGUUACAGGAACCAUGACUCCCUCUGCAGACUCAUCAGGGAACCUGGGAAAAUCUCAUCACCCUGCUGCAGUUUCCGCUCUAGGAGCCGUAGAGGGCUCUGAAAAUCUGUCAAGUGGAAGUCAAGUGAAGCAGGCCUUCUGGGGCUUUCCAGCUUCGUUCCCCAGGACAAGGGGCCAUUUUCCUCGUAAGCCCUACCCAGUUUAGGGAAUAAGAAAAGGCUCCGAGACGCUAAGUCUCCUGUACAUCCACUAGUUAGGCCCCUACUCGGAGAGUGGUAGGUGUGCCUGGCUGAGAGAGGGAACUAACUAGCCUCUUCCCGUGGCUUCUGUUGAAAGAACCCAAAGGUAGCUUUCUGCCCUGGGGUCGGGGCAGUCAGCAUAGGCAAGCUUCCUGGAACUGCAUUGGCAAGCUUCCUGCAGGAAGCUGCCAAGUCUGGUGGAAAGAAAAGGCUGAAAGAUCACCCCCUCCCCCAACCCAUAAACAGACAUGUCUCCCAGGAAGCAGGUGUCCCUGGAGACAGUAUGACAGGGCUUUACAAUAUGUCUGUGUAAUUGUCACUUAUUUUGUUUGCCUGUAUUUACGGGGCUCUAGGAAGGGCCAGGAGAGUACACCCCAGCUGGGGACAGCAGAGUCGAUUGAUUCCAGUUUCUCUCUGUUCUUACCUCUGUGCUUCCUUGUAGCCGUGCUGGCGAAGCUAGCAGGCCCCCCCCCCACCACCCCCGUGUCACGACCCUAUUCCUCCACUGUGUACACCCAGGCUGGCAAACCAUGGAGCCUCUGGGCUCUGAAAACUAGACAAUGAUCAUUAAACCUGGCUUGAGUCUCUGUUC